AAUUCGCCGCCUUGACGCAGCCAUGUCCGCCGCUGUGGUUGGAGGCAGCCGGCGGAGUGGAGGCUCAGUCGGAGGGAGAAGGACGACACGCCGGGACGCUGUGCGCGAGGAGGACGCCGCCGCUGCUUCGGUCACACACACACACUCACACACACACCGCUCCGUGACUGACGGGAACCGGAGCGUGACGCCACCGUGACGCGUGGAUGGACACAACACGUCCCUGAAGAGAAGAAGCUGCACGUGAGACUACCUGCGUCCUGGAAAAUCCGGCUCACGCGCAUUUGGCUUAAAUCAGACGUGUUGUUUUUUUGUUUUUUUUCCACACAACGGAAGUUUCUGUGAUCGAUUUAUUUUCCGGGGGGAAUUUAAAGGCUGCAGACAUGGACGAGGACAACCAAGUACCCGAGGACCUGUCUUUGGAGGAAAAAGAUGAGCUGUCGAACAUACGACGCAGGAAAAAAGAGCUGCUGGAUGAUAUUGAACGGCUGAAGUUUGAGAUUGCAGAGGUAAUGACUGAGAUUGAGCAGCUAACCUGUGUGGGGGAGAGCAAAACCACACAGAGAAACAAACAGAUCGCCAUGGGCAGGAAGAAGUUCAACAUGGAUCCUAAAAAGGGAAUCCAGUUCCUUUUGGAGAAUGAUCUUCUGCAGCACACUGCAGAAGACAUUGCACAGUUCCUCUACAAAGGCGAGGGGCUCAACAAAACAGUCAUCGGGGACUACUUGGGAGAACGGGACGACUUCAACAUCAAGGUCCUCCAGGCAUUUGUGGAGCUUCAUGAGUUUGCGGACCUCAACCUCGUACAAGCCUUAAGGCAGUUUCUGUGGAGCUUCAGACUUCCUGGCGAAGCCCAGAAGAUUGAUCGCAUGAUGGAGGCAUUUGCUUCCAGGUACUGCCAAUGCAAUCCUGGCGUCUUCCAGUCCACAGACACCUGCUAUGUCCUAUCGUUUGCCAUCAUUAUGCUGAACACCAGCCUGCACAAUCCCAACGUCAGAGACAAGCCCCCUGUGGAGCGCUUCAUCUCCAUGAACAGAGGGAUCAAUGAGGGGGGGGACCUCCCAGAGGACCUACUCAGGAAUCUAUACGACAGCAUCAAGAGUGAACCCUUUAAGAUCCCAGAGGAUGAUGGGAAUGACCUGACGCACACGUUCUUCAACCCAGACAGAGAGGGCUGGCUGCUCAAAUUAGGGGGCCGAGUAAAAACCUGGAAGAGACGGUGGUUCAUUCUGACGGACAACUGCCUCUACUACUUUGAAUACACAACAGACAAGGAGCCUCGUGGGAUCAUCCCUCUGGAGAAUCUCAGCAUCAGGGAGGUGGAGGAGCCCAGGAAACCUAACUGUUUUGAGCUCUACAACCCCAAUCACAAGGGCCAGGUGAUCAAAGCCUGCAAGACUGAGGCAGAUGGCCGCGUUGUCGAGGGAAACCAUGUGGUGUACAGGAUAUCAGCACCCACGCCAGAGGAGAAGGAAGAGUGGAUUAAAUCCAUCAAGGCCAGCAUUAGCAAGGACCCCUUCUACGACAUGCUGGCCACCAGGAAGAGACGCAUCGCUAACAAGAAGUGAGGAGGGACAAUCUUCACGACCCCCUACUGCCCAUCUUUCUCUCCCUCAGUUCGUGAACACAUAAAUCACACACUACAGAGCUGGUUCACCGCAGAAGUGACUGUCAACCUAAGAAAAGUCUUCGACCCCAAAGACCGACCUCAGUUUUUCUUCUGGACUGUCCACAAGUCUGUGUUGAGGAGACAUCACACGCUACUGAGGGAACAGCAGAGCUCCAGGAAACUCAGAUGUACAUGAGCAACCAACCAACCAACCAGUUUGUUUCUCCUCCAUCUCAUACACAUUCCCCUACCUCCCUCUCAUGGUCAUGAUAUGUUUCUAGGUCUCCUCAAAGCACAACUGCCAGGUUUCAGGUGCACAUGCGCAUGCGUGUUAUUAUAGACCUGUGUGUGUGUGUGUGUGUGUGUGUGUGUGUGUGUGUGUGUGUGUGUGUGUGUGUGUGUGUGUGUGUGUGUGUGUGUGUGUGUGUGUGUGUGUGUGUGUGUGUGUGUGUGUGUGUGUGUGUGUGUGUGUGUGUGUGUGUGUUCUGCAGUGUGGGUGCAUAAGUGAUUCAAGUGUCCCCUCCAUUGUGCUUUAUGAAGAAGUUACUAAUUCAGAGUUCAGAUGUGAGGUCAGCUACUUGGGGCACGACUAUCAAAAUGAAAGGUUGAAUAUAAAUAGGGGGGGAAGGGAAAUAGACAGACGGAGAGAAAGGAGAAGCGUCUGGGAGGUGACGGGUGAAGUUUAACCUCACUCGAAACCCUGUUGUCAUCUCACUCUGGUGCUGAGUUCUUCUCUCUGGGUGCUAUGGCCGAAGCUCAGAGACACCUCAGAAAACAGUGCUGGCUUACAUUAAGGUUCCUGAUCUAACAUUACAGUCUUGAGUCAGCUGGGCUGAUUUCAUUUAUUUGAGUGGAGCAGAGAUUUUUGAAAUGUGCAUACUUUUUUAUUUUAGUUGAGUAGCAAUGGUGCUUUUGCCAAAGCCUGAGAUGAAACUUACUUCUUGGACUUUGAAGUUGUAAUCUUUGAGAUUUCCUGUCCUGAUUGAUUUGGCUUCAGCAGAGUAAAGCAACAAAUGAAACAAAACAGCAACGGAUUCAUGCUGCACUUGGCUCGAGUACGUUUCCAGACAAUAGCAGGAGUAACAGGAGUCACCUGCAGCUCUUCAUCUAAAGAUCACUGUGGCUGCUCCUUCUUGGUCCAUUAACGCCCUCGCAAGAAGGCUGAAAAUGACCAUUGUCUUGUUUCGAAUGUAUUUUAGGUAACUGAUCUUUGUCAGCCCUAAUCUCUGUAACAGUUACAAUACAAUACAGUGUCGUUUGGCUGAAUGACAAUAAGCUGUUUUUGCCUGUUAAACACUUGAUUUGAAGCAGGAAGUGUUGGAUUUAUAUCAGCAGCAACUCAAUAGAGCUGUGAGAUCAAUUAAAAACAGUUAAGGUGCAGCCACGUAGCAUUUCCUCUCAACCAAAGGUCUUGUAAUAAAUUAGAGCCGUCACAAACUAUAAACGUUGUAUGACAGCAACAUUACAGUCUGAUUGUGUGGUCCUGUAGAAACAUGCUAAAAAAAGAACCUCUCUAUUUCCAGUGUAGCACUGUUUGUAUAGGACGACUGAGCAGAUCCACAUGGUCAAAGCUAAACAAAUAAAAUUCCUCUAUCUUAAUGGAUUACAAUGAUCUUUUGUUUCCUGUGAAUCCCUUGCACAUGUCGGGGCACUUCAAAUCCGGUGGUGGCGUUGCAGACUGCACCACCGCCAAUGAAAGCUGAUAUUUAGAGAGGUAACUACAGCAUUACAUUGAAUUGCAAAUGAAAAGACGAGCACAGAUAGUAUCUAUUUUCUGAAAAUCUAAAGGAUUAUAACUUUAAGAGCACUUUCCUUUGAGAAGGUCCUGUCAGUCUAAAGGGUAAGUUUCAGUGAUGGCUGUGCGAUAGCUCUCUAUGGUACCAGUCCGAUUAAGCUUCUUUCUUUUAUUUUGUAUCUUUUUUCUUUUUGGUUUUCUUGUCUAUGUCCGGUGUCAGUGAAGGUCGAUGUGUUGUCGUGAUCCUGUUUGCAUUUGGUUUGUAAUCCUAAAUAUACUUGCUUGCUUUUGUGUUCUUUAAGAAGAGAAAAGAAGAAACUAUAGAUCUAUAAUAACCUCCUAUCCUUUUGUAUUUAUUUUCAUUUGUGAAAUGGUUGCUACCUGUAAAUGUUCAAACAAUGUAUGCUUAAGUUAUAUAAUGUAUAGGUUUCUGGUCUCUCACGCACACUCUGUGUAACAAAUUCGCAUCAGCUGAAGUUUGGGGUCUUCUUUACAAAAGCCUUAAACACAAUCAUAAGAAAAUAUAUAUUGAUGAUGAGAAUAUUGAUCAAUAACUGUGACAAUGUUAAAAAGCCAUGACUGAUGAGUAUGAGAUGAGAUAUUUAUGAUGAUGAUGAUACAGAUUACAGUGAAAAUGAUGUUUGAAUUUAAUGAUGAUGAUUCUAGUGAAGUAAUAUCAGUGAUGAUGAUGAUAAUAAUAAUAAUAAUAUCUUUGAUUAUGAUGUCAACAGCUAUGAACACAGUAGUUUUCUAUGUGAUUGUAAAAAUACAACGAAAGCCUCGAGGGCAGACAAUUAUCUUCUACUGCUCUGUGUGGGCGUAUAGUUACAUUAACUUUUAUAUUCUCUGUAAAAGCUAUUGGUCACGUUGUACAUUAAAUGUAUCUACAUAAAGUAUACAUAAAGCUCA